UCCUGCAUUGACCGAUUUCCUUGAAGCUCGAGCUUGGGACACUUAUGUUUAAUUCUCUCUUGAAAAUACUCAUGUUUUCUAGUCAUGCGUUGUUUUAUGGCAACGCAACAAAAUCGUAAUUCAAUGAGUAGUUUAUUUACUCAUAUCAAAGUUGAACACUUAAUUGCUGGUGUCAGUGGUGGGGUUACAUCAACUUUGGUGCUUCAUCCACUCGAUUUGCUUAAAAUAAGAUUUGCUGUUAAUGAUGGUCAACUAUUAACCAGGCCUAGCUAUCACGGCUUAGGCAAUGCUGUCACCACAAUUUUGAGAGACGAAGGUGUACGUGGCCUGUAUAAAGGUGUUACUCCUAACUGCUGGGGUGCUGGCCUAGCUUGGGGAUUCUACUUCCUUUUUUAUAAUGCUAUUAAAGCAUGGAUGUUGGAAAAAGGGAAUAAAAAGACUUUAGGAGCUGGAAGUCACAUGCUGGCAGCUGCUGAAGCAGGUGUUAUUACCCUUUUCAUAACAAACCCUAUUUGGGUUGUAAAAACCAGAAUGUGUUUACAGUACUCCCAGUCAACUGGUUUACCUCCAUCAAAACACUAUAAUGGAAUGGUUGAUGCACUAGUUAAGGUAUAUCGUCAUGAAGGAGUGCCUGGAAUGUACAAGGGACUUGUUCCUGGAAUGUUUGGGGUAUCUCACGGUGCUUUGCAAUUUAUGGCUUAUGAAGAAAUGAAAAAGUUCUAUAUUAGUUAUUAUCAGUUGCCAUAUGAUGAUAAAUUGGGAACUUCGCAAUACUUAUGUUUUGCUGCAUUGUCUAAGUUGUUUGCUGCUAGUGUGACAUAUCCAUAUCAAGUUAUUAGAGCUAGGCUACAAGAUCAAUAUAAAGAGUACUCUGGUGUGUUGGAGGUCAUCAAAAGGACAUGGAGGUAUGAAGGCUUCAAAGGUUACUACAAAGGAAUAGUUCCAAAUUUGCUGAAAGUAACUCCUGCUACAGCUAUAACAUUUGUGAUUUAUGAGAAAACAUCACAUGCUCUAUCAGAACUAUUCAAAUAGUAUCAUUUUCUUUGUGAAUAGCAUGUAACAUAUUAAAAUAUUUCAUCCUAAAAAUGUAUCUAGACAUAAUAAAAGAAUUAUGGG